AUGCCAAUAGCAAGAUCAAUGUCAUUAGAGAACAUAGCAAUUCGACCUAAAUCAAAUUCUUCUUCCCCGUCACAUUCCUCACAAAAAUCAAGGCAAGAAUCACCACAACUGCAACAACCAUGCGAAAGAGAUAUUCUUUUACAAGAUUUGGAUUCUAUGUUGAGAAAUAAUUUAAGGCUAUCUAAUAAGAUUUCUUCAAAUAUGAAAAGGUCUUUUUCUUCUGAAAAUAUAAGACAUAGUAAGGAUAAUACAUUUAGGAAACGUUCUGGAUUGGAAGGCGAUAUCGUUACUAGAAGUCCACCAUUCCUGGAGUUCGGGGAAGAUAAUUGUAAUAAUGAUAAUAUUAAUGCUGAUAAUAUUGAUCAAGACGAUGGGAAUUGCAAUGAAUCUGAUGAUGAGAAUGGUUUGUUAUUGAGAUCAGAGAUUCCAUCGCAAGGUAAUUUAGAUAUACCUGAUGAAAGUGAAGACGAUGAUGAAUUCACUAAUGUCGACGAGAUUGAUAGUCCAUUAAUAGGACAUCUACAAGAUGGUAAAAUGCCUAGUCAAAAUUGGGAUAAAGUUCCGGAAUCAGAUAAUAAUAACAAUAAUAAUGGGAGGGAUUAUAAUCUGCCAGUUAAUGAUGAAUUCCAAAAGAAUCUGGACAAAAGGGCUGAAGAAAUUCUUAAUGGGACACUUAAUCGUACCAUCGAGGAACCAUCAAUUGAUUGGGAAUUCAAAGAUUUUUACUGUUUACAAGAUGAAUUAAAUGAUUGGUAUUGUAAUUCUGAUUUCCUCAAAUUUCCUCAAAGUAAAGGACAAUUUUAUCAAAUGGUAAAGUUACCUGAGAAGUUUCUCAAAGAUGAUUCAUAUGCACGAGAAAUGAUAGAUAUGCUUUUCCAUGCUUCCAACCUCACCGACUCAGCUUUAAUGACCAUAUUCUUUAUAUCAAUGGGUACUUUUUCUUUAACCAGGGACAUGAGCGAACAAUUAGAGCAGAUACGACGCAAUAAUCUAUUGUUAAUACCGCAUUUGGAUACACUACUUGAAAAUUUCAAGAAGAUAGCCAUAAAAUGUCGAGAUAGCAGAGGAAAUUUGAAGAAACAUUCAUCAUUACUUUUUUAUUCAAGUUCAGUAAUAUAUUUUAUUGUAUGUGUAUGCAUUGAGAAUAGAGAUAAUGCUAAGGUAAACAUAACGAUAACAGCAUUCUACGAAGCAAGAAUUUUAGAAUUCCUUACAUUUUAUAUAGAACAGUGGAGAUGGAAUAGUAGAUUAUCAAUGAGGAUUAGGAAUAUAAUUUUACUUUUAUUCAAAUUAUUGGUACUCCAGUUUGGUGACAAAAACCUGUAUAACGAAACAAAAUCAUCUCUUUACGAAUUACAUGGUCUUGAACCGCACAAACGAAAGUAUGGGGGGUAUGCCAAGGGUAGUACUAAACUAUCAAUAUCACCCUUACAUUAUCGAGCAUUUCGGGAUGAUAUUACAUCAAGAUUCCCGGACUACUCCAUGGAAACAACCAAAUUACCAAUAGAUUCUAAUGACUCUUGUUCAUUAUCUCAAUUUUUAGAAAUACCAAGAUCAAAAUCGAGUAAUCCCAUUAAUAUGAACUUAGCUAUUCCCGAACAACAUAUCGCGACACCGUUCCCCUCACCACCCGCUUCACCUCAAUUAUUGCAACUAUCAGACACACCGAGGUUAAGGAAAUCUUUUCAAACCAAUAUGUUAUAUCCUUGCUUAUAUCCAUCUGAUGAUGAAAAUGGAUCAGAUGCCUUAACGGAACGAAUCAAGUCGACUAAUGAGAAAGAAAAUAAUGAAAAUAAUAUUAUGUUUCCUUAUAGUAUUGAUGAAGCUGCUACUAUAUUAUCAGAUAAUUUAAAAGUUAAACUGAGUACUAAACAAUUAUGGCAAGAACGUGACAUGUUCAUGAAGACGGAACGUGGCUGGAAAUCAAAUGAUACAGAUAUGGCGAUAGAACCUAAUGACAGCAUAUCGGAUGAUGAUAUUGCUAUUAAUUAUAUGAAUAUGAGCGUUGAUGACUAUUCUUGUUCUAUGAAAAAACCGAUUGAAAUUAUGAAAAGAAUUGAUAGCUAUUAUAAAGAUUGUUUCUCAAGCUUAAAUGCUUUGGUUUCGGUUCUUUUACAAACUAUGGAAUCCAACUUGAAUAAUGUUUUUUAUAAGAGAACAGAAGUGGCAGAUGAUGGUGGCAUGAUCGACCUUUCUAACAAAGAUGAAAUUGAAAAGUUGAAGCCAUACUUAGAAAUAUUAAGAAUGAAAGAGAUUUCAUUAAAAGCAUCAUCGGGUAUAUUAUUUGUUCUAUUGAAAUGGUUCAAAUUGAAUCAUGUUUUAAAAUUUGAACAAUUAUCAGUUCUGCUUUAUGAUUCCAGAUAUAUCAAUAUAAGUAUGUCACUUUUGAACAAAUAUUCAGAGAACUAUGCCGAAAGGGUAUGCGGCAAAAUAAUAACAAAUAACGGAGAAUUUUGGGCAACAUGUUCUCAAUACAAUAAUCAAUACUCGGAAAACUUUAUAUCAUUAUCUCCAAAUGAUGCUAGUGACAUUCGCGAUACGAUGAUAUUACCAUCGUUGGCGUAUAUGCUAAGGAUCCUAAGAAAAAUUAUCGAUAGUAAAACUCAACGGUUAAAAGAAUUACCAUUAUCUGUAGGGACAGUAUUCAAGAAAUAUUAUCGAUUGAAGAAUUUAGAUAUUUAUCAUCCUAUCUUAAGAAUCAUUAAAGAAUUGACUCCCUUUAAAAAUAAAAGAUGGAAAUCUGAACAUAUGGAGUUGAUUUCCGGCGUAUUCCUGUACGAGGAGCUGGAGUUGAUUGAUAAUUGGGUUACUGGUAAAGAUAUUGCAGGUGAAAUCAAUGAUGCAUGUGGUCAAGAAAUUGCUCUUAGAGCUUUAAUGCAAUUUUAUAAUUUUAGGCAUUAUGGCUCAUCGAUGGAAGCAUUAGGGUAUGCUGAAAAAGGAAAUUUACUGCAUAGUGAACCCGAAUAUUCGGUUUUGUAG